AUGAGGGAGAAAAUUCUCUUUGGUUGCCUUCUAUUCUUUAUCUUUUACUUCCAUGUGUCUGGUUUUUACAUAGAUCAGAAAAUCAAUUUUACAAGAAAAGCAGCAACGCAUGAACGACAAAUUUGCAAAAAGAGUCUUUUCCAUCUAUACAUAAAAAAGGAAGGUUCAUUUGCGGAGAACAAAAAUUUGAUACGCAUAGAAUUUCGCCCAGGAGUGGGAGGUGAAGAAGCAUUGCUAUGGUCAAGGGAGUUGCUGAAUACAUAUAAACUGUUCGCACAGAGGAUCAAUUGUGGAGUUAAAAAAUUUCAAGAUGACAGCGAAUGCUUAGUUUUAAGUUCACACAAUAAUGUAGACAUAAUCAAGGAUGGAAGGGAAGUUAAAACAAAUUUAUAUGAUCUUUUUAAAAAUGAAAGUGGAAUUCACCAAGUGAAGAGAAUUCCUAGGAAUGAGUCCAAGGAUAAAAUUCACUCCUCUACAGCUACGAUUGCAAUUUUCCUGCAUACUUAUGAGGAAAGAAAGUGCGAAAUUAAUUCAAAAGACUUGAAGAUUACAACUUUCCGAUCUAGUAAGCCAGGAGGGCAAAAUGUUAAUAAGAUCGAAUCAGGUGUUUCUAUCAUGCAUAUACCAACAGGAAUACAGUCUGAAUGCCAAGAAGAAAGGACCCAAGAAUUGAACAAAAGAAUAGCAAUGAAAAGACUAACUUUGAAAAUACGUGAAUUUAGAAAUAAGGAAAAUGACCAUCUUCUUCAGAGUGAACGGGCCAAAUUGAUAAAAGACAGCAACAGGAGUAACCGAAUUCGAACGUAUAACUUCUUCAGGGGAUAUAUAACUGAUCACAUCACGAAACGCAAGUUAAACUUGAUGUACUUUGAAAAGGUCAAGUUAGAGUAUUUACUGCAUAUAUAG